AUGGACCCAUCUUCGGGGGCUUCUCGGCCGCCUGCUGCUGAUGCUGAGCACGAGCAUGAACUCAGGCAGCAUGACGCCGAGCCUGACCUUGGCCCUGAGCGUGACCAGCAGGAGGAGCAGCAGCAGCAGCAGCAUGAACCCGAGCACCAGGCCCAUCAACAGCAACAGCAUCAACCUCAUCCUGACAGGCUAGUUGCCGUCUCGCCAGCCGCCGUCGACAGCGCUGUCGUCGCCAGGGACGAUGCCGAGGACAAGCUUCUCACAGCCCCUGACGCAAGCUCGGACACAGCUCCUGUCGCAACCCAUUUGGCUCGGUUCGAGUUUAGCGAUCGCGGCACCAAGAUCUUGAUGGUCGAGUGGUAUCCUGGCGCCGCCGCAGCCCCCACCCCGUCCGGUCAAGAUACGACGAAUGCUAGCGUCGACGUCGUCUCCAGUGAUAAGGCCGGGCCUCAAACUCAUGAUAUUCAUGCCGACGAUGCAUUAGCCGCGCCAGCCCAGCACGUCCCCGUUCCCUCCAGCCCUGUCGUCGACGCUGCCGUCUGGGAGGUCUCAUGGGCCGGCAAGUCUACCUUCCUGCCGGCCAGAGAUACCGACGAGGACGAUGCCAGGCGUCGGGUGUACUUUAUGCUGCCUUCUGACGUACCGGUGCCCGCUACGGUGACGAUUGCGCGUCCCGGACGGCCCAGCCUCGUCCUCAAGCCCCUGCCGGCCAUCUUCCCCGAGCACUUCCAGGCGGAAUCUGGCCCACGGGGCGUCUUGCACACGAUAUGGGCCAAGAAGCGCCUGAGGGAGCUGGAGCUCGAGAUGGAGGCCGAGAUGAGGACAAACGCUGAGAGUGUGGGCCUCGAGAUGGCUCUGGCAGAGAAGCAGUGGAUCGUGGAAAACUUCUUACGUGCUCCUCAGUCUCCCACUCCUACCACCAUGACCCCCCGCUCUCCCGUCACUGGACGCCUUGGUGACAAGCUUAAGGGCUUGCGCCUGGCUACUUCGCCGGCAGAUUUGGUGCCGAGCCCAGCAGCAAACACCUUUACCAGCCCCGAGAGCCAGUCCCACAUGCUGUCCCCUCUAGGAGGUGACAUUGCCGUGUCAUCCUUCGCGGCCAUUUCACGCAGCCGCCCAACCGGCCCGAUGUCCCUUGAUGCUGCCCUUCAAGGCAAUGCAGCUCCUCCGCAGCAGCAGCCCGAUGGCCACGAUGCCGAGGAGGAACUGUUUGCCCUGCCCAUGAGCCCUCGGAGCCCAGACAUGAUCAAGAGCCCCUUUAGUGCCUUGGGGGGUGGCCUGGGCCUCUGA